UCUCCCCCCACCUCCUCCCGCACUGAUACCCUCACCGAUGGAGGACGCCGCUGUGCGCGUGUUCGACCUCUUCGAUCUCUACUGGUUCCGCCAACAAAUCCUCCUCCCACCUCCUACCCCUUCACCGCCGCCGCCUGCGCCACCGAUGAACCCGCAGCCUCGCCUGCCUCUCCUCCUCCGGCGCCACUGUCGCGCCCUCAGUAACGGGUCAGCCCCCGCCCCCUCUGCCUCUCUCUCCAUCCAACCGCCUCGCCGAAUCCCCAUCCCCUCCGGGAAGGAGGCCCCUCCGAAGGCCCUCUUACCCCCGGCGCCGCUCGCCGACUGCGCCGUCGACGGCAAUAGCGACGGCGAGCGUAGGCAGAGGGGGAGGAGGCUGAGGAGGACGAAGAGCAAGAGCUUGACGGACCUGGAGUUCAAGGAGCUCAAGGGGCUCAUCGAUCUGGGCUUCGCCUUCUCCCACGAGGAGAACGACCCUCGAUUGCUGAAGAUCGUGCCGGGCCUGAGGAGGAGCAGGGCCGGGGGAGGACCGGGAACUGCCUCCCUCGCCAGGCCUUACCUGUCGGAGGCGUGGGAGGCGAGGCCGGAGGUGGAUCUGCUGAACAAUUGGCGAUUUCAGCCUCCCAGCGGCGGCGGUGUGAGCAUGAAGGAUCAGUUGAGGAGUUGGGCGCACGCGGUCGCAUCCACCGUCGUCCGAUGAAGGUUCUCUAGCCAUCAGGACCGUUCAAAUUUAGUGUUGCGAUAUCCCUACUGUUGUUUUUGAAUGCUAUGAGAUGCCAUUUCAAUUAAGAAAGAACUGUAUAAAAGUGAAUUGUAUGCAUUUAUUUAAAUAUUGAAUAUUUAAAAUUACACUUUGUUUA